AUGGUAGACCUCGAAUCCUUUCGUCUCAAAGCCACUGCUCAAUAUGUCAACGCAACUGAAGCUCUGGGUGCCACAUCUACUCUACUUGUCAAGAGGGAUGGUUAUGUUGACACGGCUGUGGCAUUUGUUAAAGACCUUGUGCCAUUUGCUGAGUUUCGAAUCGUUGAGGACCAUUAUGUCGGUACCAAUGGCAUUGCACACGUCAACCUGAAACAGACUGCUUACGGUCUGGAUAUCGACAAUGCGGAUUUCAACAUCAAUGCAAGUGCUCUGGUUGUGAGAUUCAUCUGUCAAAACUAA